AGAGAGAGAGAGAGAGAGAGAGAGAGACCCAGGCAAAAUCCUAUAUCUUGUAGUUUCGUGCCAAACGUAAGAGAAGGAAAAGGCACAGUUCACCGGUAACCUUCCACCAAAGACAUAUUGGAAAUUGGAAGUAGAAGGAAAGUGACCAACAAACCUGUUCGAUUUGAUUAUUAAGAUAUCGUCGUAUUCUGCCAUCUGGGUUCCUCAAAGGUUCCGCAAAGGUUUCUGCUUUUCUGUCAUCGGAAACCUCAAAAACUCAAAGGUCGAAUCUUUGAUCAUGUUUGGAGCCUGUUUGUUGUUCGUGUGAGUUCAUGGCUGAUCAAUGAGGACUUCAGUUACAACCAGACUGUUCCUUAUAGAAACCCUGUUAUCAGUCCGUUCCCGUGUCAGUGGUUGAUUAGCUCUUGUUGCUUUCCGUAAUUAAAGUCUGUGAAAACUCUACGUGAAGCACAUUGUCAAGUAGUUCCAUGAGAUCUAUUGCAAAUGUCAGCUGCACAGGUCGAGAAUAUGGCAUCUUUGAACACAGACCUUUUCUACGAUAUAUUGAAGCGUCUUGAUGGACCAACUUUGGCUAGUGCAGCAUGCGCCUGUGCAGCAUUCUGUUCCAUCUCAAAGGAAGAAAGAUUGUGGGAAAAUGUGUGCUCUUCUAUGUGGCCUUCCACUAAUCGGGAAGACGUCAAGAGUUUGAUACUAUCCAUUGGUGGAUUCCGAAAGUUCUAUGCAGAUUGUUUUCCCCUUAUUGUAAACAAGGAAGUUUCCGAGUAUCAAUGGAAUGACUACCUCGAGUAUCCUGAAGAAUGGACUGAGGCUGAAUACUAUGGUGACAUGGAUGAAUUCGAAAGUAUUUCACCAUCGGAUUUUGUUUCUCUCGUGGACAUUAGGUACAAGGACAAAAUAAUCUGCUCAAAAGUUCUUUGGGGCAUUCCGAAUGCAAAUGGCUUCAAUGGUUGGUUUUACAACUGCCCUUUUCGGAUCGAUCUUCUUACUUAUGCAGAUAGAGAUGAUGACAACGAUGGUGAAGUUUUCCUCUCUGCUGCUGACGGUCUACCACCGAUCACAUCUAUGGAGACAGAAAGGAAGGAUGGGAAGUUAUGGAGGGGGCUGCGAGAUGGACUCCGGCUUAGUUGGAUUGUUGUAAAUAGAAAAAUAAAGCAAGCUGCUAAUCUUGCGAGCUGGUGCCCUCUCGGCGGUCAAAGACAUUGGCCAACGGACAAGGAUUUCGUGAUUCGCUUUGGAUCCAUUCUUCCCGCCAGAGACAUCCUUCCGUGUCAAGUAGUAGAAUGCAUCCUCAGUAUGAAGUUCAGAGUGAUUUGCACCGAAGGCGAAGGUGUUCAGACAACCCUCAAGUUAACGGAACUAAGCAUGCAGUUGGAAGACAUGGAAGGCUCCCACGUCAACGGAAGAAACAGUUUGCUUAUUCUCAAGGAAGCGCUGAGCUGCCGGCGGAGCAAAAACUACAGCGAAGUUCUCGAGUCGUGUCACUUGUACUCGAAAGUACAGAACGAGCUGAAAGAGGAGAAGAUGAGGAAUGAGAGCCGGUUAGAUAGGCUCUGUAUCUUGAGCGGCAUUGCCGCGUUCAUGUCCUUCUGUUACUAUGUUUUGUGACAUGUUUAACUGAAACUGCUCUAACAAAACAUUCCACGUUCGUACUCUUCACGUGAACAAUUUUCCGUUUGUGGGGCAAAUUUUCAA